GGGCACUCUCCCUGCCGAGCUCACUGCUGUCCUCUCUUCCUCCGCCGCUGGCCUGUUUUCAGUUUCCUCCCCUCCGCUCCCUUGUUCUUUUCAUCCGCGACUCGCCCUGUGGAUUUCUUUCCCCCUCGUCUCUCUGGGAAACCUUCGCAGAGCCAGCGCCGUCGUGACUCGCCGGCUGCCACUGCAAGGGAAGGAGAGAGCAGGAGGAAGGCAAGAAAGAGAGAGAGAGAAGCUGAGACAGACCAAUCGAUUACUGUGAUACAGAAGAGAGAGGCACUUGGAGAGGAGAGGAAGUAGCAGCAUUUUUCCUCCACGUUUUGGUUUAAAAGGAGAUUUUCUUCGACUUGUAUGAGGCUCCUCUGAAGCAUUUGAUUCACAUCCUUCCCUUGGAGAGAGAGGACAGCUAUUUGAAGGGACAGCUGGUGCAGUUUUGUCACAUCAAGGAUUCUUCUUUCCUCCCCUCUUCAGUCAGAACAGCCAACAUUGGGGACUCAGGAGGAGGACCGCUUUUGACUGACAAGAUCAAUGUUUACCAAAUAAUUUAUCUCCAUUCUGAAUGAUAAUGCUGGACACCAACCAGUGCCUGUCCUUUGAGCCCUCCCCCCCGGGCUCUCCUCCAAUGGGGGAUGACAUGGAGAAGACAGGGCUGACGAUGGAUCAUGACAGACUUGUCUAUCACAGCCUGAAAGAAGUCCUCCAGCUCAAACUCCAGCAGAGACGUACACGAGAGGAACUGGUCAGCCAAGGGAUCAUGCCACCACUGAAGAGUCCGGCAGCCUUUCAUGAACAGCGGAAAAGUCUGGAGCGAGCAAGGACCGAGGACUAUCUGAAGAGGAAGAUCCGGAGUCGUCCUGAGCGCUCUGAGCUGGUCAGGAUGCACAUUCUGGAAGAGACGUCGGCAGAGCCGUCCUUGCAGGCCAAGCAGCUGCAGCUGAAGCGAGCACGACUGGCCGACGACCUCAAUGACAAGAUCUCCCACAGACCAGGUCCCAUCGAGCUGGUUCACAAGAACAUCCUGUCUGUCGACUGCCCCGUGCACUCACCACUGGAUUCUCCAAAGGGAGAGAGCUCAUCUUUGGAUGAAGACAGCAGUGAUGCUCUGUCACCAGACCAGCUAACCAAUCACGACUCUCCCCUGAGUGCCGUCCCUCAGCUGUCCCCCUCGGACAUGGUUACCCAGAACGGGGAUGUGUCACCAUCACAGUUUAUUACACAGUCCCCUCUUCCUCCACCACCUCCACCACCACCACCUCCUCCUCCCCAGGUGAAUGGGUCAGACUCCUCCCCAUUCCCGAAAGUGACAAAUGGGACGACGCUGACCUUAACAAACUCCCGCCCCUCUGCUGGACAUGUGAAGCAGUCUCAGGCUAAGGCGAGUUCAGACCGUCCUCCACAGAGACCUAAGAAACCAAAGGACAGCAAACCCAAGGUGAAGAAGCUGAAGUACCACCAGUACAUCCCUCCAGACCAGAAGGCAGACAAAGAGCGUCCACCCCAGAUGGACUCGUCCUAUGCGAAGCUCCUCCACCAGCAGCAGCUCUUCCUGCAGCUGCAGAUCCUCAACCAGCAACAGCAGCACUACAACUACCACACCAUACUGCCCGCCCCACCCAAGCCUCCAACAGAGCAGCCUCCCACAACCAACUCUGGCCCUUCCCCCUCCCGCAGCGUUCCCACGACGACCACCCCAACCCCCUCCAAUCAGAGCGGGACUGCCCGUCAGAGCCAAACUGCAGUGGGAGGAGCCAAACCAGGCACUCUGCCAGCCAACCUGGACGAGUUCAAAGUCGCCGAGUUGAAACAGGAACUGAAAUUACGUGGUUUGACUGUCUCAGGCACAAAGAACGAUCUCAUCGAGAGGCUCCGCAACUAUCAGGAGCAAAAUGGUGGCACCACAGUGGUUGUGAAAAACAGCAUAUCGCAGCCCAGCCAACAGGGCACGACCUCAUCCGCUGGCACCGUCACAUCCUCUCCAACCACAACAACAACCCCCGACCACCAACCAGGAGAGGCGGGCUUUAAGUUAGAUUUGUCAUCGUUGGCUCAGGUGAUUCCAGGGCGGGUCAUGCGGUUUGGCAGCACCAGCUCCAGCCCUCCGGUUUCUCCUACUCCAUCUGAGAGGUCGCUGGCCGGGAUGAGUCCAGAUGAGACGAGCUGUAAUGGAGACAUGUUUGGAGAGAUGGUAAGCUCUCCCCUGACCCAGCUCACCCUUCACCCAUCUCCUCAGCACCCACCAAACAUCUCUCCGCUCUCCAAGGUCAAAGAGGAGAUCCAGAGCUCCUGCAGCCUCUCCAGGCCUUCACCUGCCUCAUGUCAGGCUCCAGAACCCCUGUCUGGAACAGCCAUGGACACUUCCUGUUAUGACAAGGACCAGAUGCUCCAGGAGAAGGACAAGCAGAUCGAGGAGUUGACCAGGAUGCUGAGACAGAAGCAGAGGCUUGUGGAGACGCUCAGGUCCCAGCUGGAGCAGGGUAAGAUGACAGGAGUAGGUGGGGUAGUGUCAGAGAAGGAAGGAGGUGAAAAGAGCAAAACAUCCCCAGAGGUUAAACUUCAAACUCUGAUAAAAGCCUCGGCCAUCCAGCCCCCCACUCUCCCCAAUGGCAUCGUGGUGAGGGUGAAGAAGGAGGUGGAGUCUGAGGAAGGGAUGGAGGGGGUGACGGAGGCGAAGAAAGCGGCCCAGCCGAUGCAGUGCUCUCAGGAGACUCUGCUCCGGCUGCAGCAGAUUCAUCGGCUGCAGAUCCAACAAGCCGAACAGCAGAAACAGACGCUGCAGCCCAAACAGCAGCAGAGUCAGGUGCAGCUGCAGAGAGUAACAGAGGCGAUGUCGAGCCCUCAGAAGCUACAACAGCAGAAGAAAGAAGCCCAGAUCCUGCUCCAUCAGCAGCAGCAACUGCAGCAGCUCAUCAUACAGCAAACCCAACAGAAACAGCUCCAGGCGCAGCAGAAGUUAGCGCAGCAGAAACUGGCCCAGCAGAAACUCAGCCAACAGAAGCUGGUGCAGCAGAACCAGCUCAAACAAACUCAAGGUCAAGUUCAGCAGAACCAGCAGAAGAACCAGGUUCAGCUGAAGCAGGUUCAGGUGCAGGUCCAGAAGCCUGCACUGAACCUAACCCAGCAGAGGAAGCAGCAGAGGGCUCUGCAGAGGCAGCAGCAGAAACAGCAGACGGCAGCUGUCACCACCCAACAGGUGACCCCAGUCUUUAUCAACCAACAGAACGGCACUCAGAUCCACACUCAGGCCAUUUCAUUAGACCUCCUCAAGGCGAAUGGCACGCCGACACUGGUCACCGACAGCAACGGCAACCACUACCUGAUUGCACUCACCAGUCAAACCACAGAGGGACAGAACGGAGUGUCCUCAUUGGCCAAACCCAAUGGACGCAUCACACUGCAGAGGUUGCAGUCGACUCCAAGUAAACUCCCCAGCACUGACAGCCAAUCAAAAGAGCCGCCAGAGGCCGAGCCAAACAAAAAGGGACAGAAGGAGGGGCUGCACCUGGACACCAAUGGCGCGCCACAGCCCAACCUGUCAGUCACCGCUCCACCCAACCUGCAGCCUUUCUUCGACGACAUGUCAGACAGCGAGAGCCAAAGCAACUUAAUCUCAUCUCUUAAGAGAGAGGAGGUGUGUCCGCCUUACGACCGGCACACACUGUUCACCCCUCCCUCUCCCAAACCCAACACCUCCCUUCCUACUCAGCGCUCCAAACAGGAGAAUGGCGUCAACAGUCAGCAGAUGGACGACCUGUUUGACAUCCUGCUCAAGAGCGGAGAAAUCCCCGGCUUCAAAGCUAACCCGGACCCUUCACUCGCCCCUCUCCACUCUGACCCGCCUUCCCCAUCUUCUCCCCCAUCUCCUCUCCACCUCUCCCCUCCUACCCCCACAGAGCCCCUCAUCUCCCCUCAGCCUCCUGCAGGAGAGCCCUGCACAGGCAGCGGACGCCUGGAAGACUUCCUGGAAAGCACCACAGGCGCCCCGCUGCUGGGCGUGGAGCCCGACGGUGGCCUGACGCUGAUCGAUGACCUUCACAGCCAAAUGCUGAGCACUCCCAGCAUCCUGGACCACCCUCCCUCCCCCAUGGACACAUCUGACUUGGGCUUCUCCCCCCACUCCACAGGGCUGGACUUUGGCGACCCCACCCUGGACAGCAUGGACUGGCUGGAUAUCUCCAUGGUGGGGAGCGGCGGCGGAGGCAGCGGGGGCAGCGGAGGGGGUAGAGGAGGAGAAGCGGGAGCCGGGGACGGAGACGGGGGGACGAGCCUGGCCCCGCUUGUGCCGCACACUCCGCCGAGCGUCUUCUCAACCGAUUUCCUGGACAGCACGGACCUGCAGCUGCACUGGGAGUCGUGUCUGUAGCCCUGCGCACAGAUGGACACGCACUCGCUCACACUGUGUACAGGCGCCGUCUUUAUUUCAUGCACAUAUAGAAACCUUUUCUAUGCUGUCUCUACCACUGCGGGGGUCACUGGCACAUGCAAACGCACACACACAUGUACGCAGUUCGUCCUGUCUUUCACUUGCUGUUACUGUAUGCAGGGUGAGGUGAAAUGAGAAUAAACAUAGAAGUUAAAUUCAUAGAAAGGACUUGGACUUGGUGGAACUGAAGUGGACUUUUUGAAAUUUAAUUCUAUGGGGAUCCAUGCAGCAGACUGUUCACAUCCAAGCUGAUAAAAUCCCAUUUUCAUGUGUCCUGACCUGCGUUACAAAGGGUAAAGAGUACAGCAGGAUACUGUAGAUCACUGUAAUGCAACAUUUCAACCCUUGGAAACGGUUUGACAGAGUAGAGCCAAGGAUGGACUGUCAGUGACCUUUACUCGGGCUCCUCCUGAAAACAGAGUGUGUGUCAGUGCCUCCAUAACUUUGCACUUAUGCUGAAUCUGAUUGGUUUGAAGGGGGGGACGUUCAGGUCAGCAGCCGAAUCUUAACGCUGUUCUGAGGCUAAGCAAGAGCCGCCAUGUGUUUUGUCAAUCAGCUGAGCCGUUGAUGGUGUGACCUCGUCGCCUCACCGCGGCAACCUGAACCCCACCCACACUAGUCAAAAAACACAGCUGUUAUUGGCUGGCAGUUGCUUUUGAAAUGAAAUGAACCAUAUCAACGGCAACAGUUUGAAUUGAAGCCUCAUUGGAGGUCGCGUAUUAUUGGUAACAUUAUGGUAGACCACUAUGUAUUGCUGUAUAUGGGGUGUAUAUUAUCAAUUGUCCAUAUGACUAUUUUUCUUUGCUGGUUGCUUUAGAGUCGAGCUAGCCGGCUGGGGAACAUAGGGUGAGGGCGGGGCUUCCAAAAUACUUGGACCUUGUCAUUUUUUAAAGAAAAAAAAGUUGAAAAAAAAAAUAAACAUACUAAAAAAAGUCAAAA